AAACGCAACAGAUGGGCAGCUCAGUUGAAAUGUAAAUCGCAUUUUAUUUGUUUACCUGUUUUGAAAACGUUGAAAUAUUAGUUAGAGUUAAAGCCGGGCAGAUUGAGGCUACGCCCUAAUGACCAAAAUGAGUGGAAACAAGCAGCAAUUGCUGCAACCAGUGGACAAAACCAAUCCGAUAGUCUACUUUGAUAUUAGCAUCGACAAAGAAAGCGCGGGACGCAUGAUAAUUGAACUGCGCAAGGAUGUUGUGCCAAAGACAGCGGAAAAUUUCCGAGCCCUAUGCACGGGCGAACUUGGCAUCGGGAAGCUGGGAAAGAAGCUACACUACAAGGGCACACACUUCCAUACGAUCAAGCGGGUGUUUGCUGUCCAAGGAGGAGAUCUGGUGAACAAUGAUGGCACCAGCGGGGAGAGCAUCUACGGCCCACUCUUUGAAGAUGAGAACUUUGAGCUGACGCACAAUGAGGAGGGCGUAGUUAGCAUGGCUAACUAUGGCAAACCAAAUACAAACAACUCACAAUUCUUCAUCACUGCCGUUGGCUGUGAGAACCUCAACGGCAUCAAUGUGGUUGUGGGUCGAGUUCUGCGCGGCCUGGGCAUCAUUGCUCAAAUGGAACAGAACUGCAAUGAUGAAGCCCAUCCGACGGCGGAGAUCACGAUAACCGACUGUGGCGAGCUGGCGCCUGAUGAAGAUUGGGCCAUCGAAUGCAACGAUGAGACAAUGGAUAAACUACCGCCCUAUCCACAGGAUUGGACGGGCAAGUUCACAAAGCCAACGUGCGAAACAGCUGUCAACCUACUAACCGGCCUGCGACAGUCAGGCAAUCACUUCUAUAAGCUGGGUCAUUACCAUGAGGCGCGUGCCAAAUACCGCAAGGCGAACCGCUACUACACAAUGUUGCGCACAAGCUUUGAGGGUCAGCAGCCCAAACGAAACCAUUGCUCAAACUCGGAUCUGAGAAAAUUGGACGCUUUCUCUGUGGUGAACAACAUUAAUAUGGCUGCAGUUGAGUUGAAGCUGGGUAAUUAUCAGUAUGCCAAAUAUGAGUGCUCGGAGGCGAUUCGCUUGGAUCCAAGCUGCAGCAAGGCGUUUUACAGACGUGGACAAGCUCAGCGUGAAUUGCGUAACUACGAAGAGGCCAUUAAUGACUUAAAGCAUGCGCACAAUCUGCUGCCGGAGAACAAGCAAAUUCUGAAUGAAUUGAACAGCGCCAAGCAGCUGCUGGCUGAAUAUAAUAAACAGCAACGAAAUGCGCUUAAGAAUCUGUUCACCUAAUGAGAUAAGUUACUGAAUACUAUGUUUUACAAUGCGUUUGUAUGACAAACAUGACUUAAUGAUAAGUUGAAUAUUUGCUCUAUUUACUAUAAGGAUGUCCAGGCUGAUUGUGGG